AUGUUUCAUUGCAGAUGCUCUGGUCAAACAUUACCUCAUAUCUCGAAAGCACUGCAUUCUGUGAACGAGUCGUUUCCGGAGAAAGUCCGUAUCUGGGAUUGCCACAUAACCGUCAUACCUUCUGAUAUGUUCGAUCAGGUGAAGCCAAAGUACCUAUCCAUAGAAAGGAGCUUUUUGGCUCUCCUACGCGAAAACGCCUUAGGAACGAUUGGGCCACGGCUUCAUGGCCUCUACCUCAGGAACAAUCAUCUCAAGGGCAUAAAUCGAGCGAUGCUCCAGGGACUGACGAGUCUUGCAGAGUUAGAUCUUUCGGGAAAUCGAAUCACCUCUCUUACAACCGGAGUCUUCGAUCUAACACCUGAUUUACGUGAAUUGUCAUUAAACGACAAUGGGAUAGCUAUGAUUGAGGAUGGAACUUUCAUGAAGUUGACAUCUUUGAAGAAGCUGAGCCUCAGUGGAAACCAGAUCAACACCAUAACAAAAAAUAUGUUCAAAGGACUUGACUCUUUGGAGGUGCUUAAUCUGCAGAACAAUAAGAUCACCAGCAUUGAUUGGUCGGCUUUUGCUAAUUUGAAGCAGCUAAGAACACUUGAUCUAGGCACUAAUCACGCCAGCAAUGUUGAGAUACGCGGAUUAGAAAAUCUCCAAAAGCUUUUCUUGAAUAACAACAGCAUCAAUUCGCUGAAGAGCGUUAGCCUCAGAGAUCUUCCGUCGCUGAUACUGUUAUCACUAGAUCGGAAUUCAAUCUCGGAAAUUGCCGACGGAGAUCUGUCCGGCUUAGCGAGAAGUACGAGAUUGGAAAGUCUAACAAUUGCUGCCAACAACAUCAGUCAGAUAUCGCAACGAGCCCUGUCUCCUGUUCAGCACCUCAAUGUAUUGGCCAUGCAAAACAACCAGUUGACAUCUCUGACAAAAGACGGUCAAUCCUACCUUCGUCCGCUACGACGUUUAUCAACGCUUCUUAUAUCUGGAAAUCAGCUUCGCUCAAUUGGUGAGCACGAUCUGCCACGAACGCUCACUGUCCUCGCGGCUGAUCACAACCUUCUUGAAAAGAUUGACGUAAAAGCUUUCGAGGGGAUGUCAUUGCAUAAGCUUUUCAUCAACAACAAUAAAUUGCCAUUCCUACAUCGACACACGUUCGAUUCGAUCUCCUUCGACACUCUCGAGGCCAUUGAUAUCACA